AUGGGGAACAGCAGUGAUGUUGCCAUAUUCUGGGAUUACGAAAACUGUCCUGCCCCUUCGAAUGGAUCUGGCUACCUCAUAGCAAGGAAUAUUUCCACUCUUGCUCAGCAAUUUGGGACCGUAAAGUCGUUCAAGGCAUAUCUGGAGAUUUCUGAACAACUUCCACGGGCCCUUGUCAUGCGCUCGGAGCUACAGUCUUCAGGUGUUUCCUUAAUUGACUGUCCCCACAACGGGCGGAAAGACGUCGCAGACAAGAUGAUGCUUGUCGAUAUGUUGGCACACGCCAUUGACAAUCCACCACCGUCCACCACCCUCAUCCUCAUAACGGGUGACCGAGACUUCGCCUACGCACUAUCUAUAUUGAGGCUCAGACGCUACCGCGUUGUACUUCUUACUCUGGCCAACGCACAUCCGAGCCUCACAAUGCAAGCUUCCGUAUGUUAUGACUGGGUGAGCGAGGUCAUUGAUGUCGUUGUGCCUGGCAGAGCAGAGCAGGGUGUCAAUGAUCCUCGCAAUGCAAGCCUUGCCGAGUCCGUAUCAUCAGGUGUUGUAUCCGCAAUUCGAAGGACUCCGCAGCUGGAAGACAGGAUCAGAAACGAGGAACCUAUCGACAUCACGAAUUAUCUUUCUGGUCGCACACGCCUCAGGCAACCAUCCCAGUCAUCCUCGACCAGCACCUACAAUCCUCAGCCGGUGCCUCUGGAACGGUCGAGAGAAGAUACUACCUCGACGGCAACUUAUGUCGGCAGUCGGUCCAUGCAUUCCCCUCCAGCAACCAUUCGAAAUACGUCAGCUCUUCUUCCUUUCCCCAGCACUCUUUGUACACCACCGCAAAGCACGUCCCGAGGUCCGUUGAUGGCUUCUGCUCCCAAAAGCUUAUUAGCACCUCCGGCAGCAAUUGACACGAGUACUCUAUGGCCAGCCUCCCAAGACAUCCGCGUACCCAUGCAGCCUAAUGUCAAACCCGCUCUAUCUUCUGUGGACAGGGACUAUUCUUCUGUCCUCUUAGACACGAACACCAUUGUCGAGGGUGUAUCAGCCCCUCGUCCUCCCUCGCCUCGCCCUGCUUCAGCUCCUUCUUUACUCCCGUCACCACCACCAUUUUUAGCACCGCAGUCUCCUCAGCCAGCACCCAGACCUCCGACCACUACUAGCCCCUUACCACCUCAGCUACCCCAGCCACCCGAGCCUUGUUCCCCUUCAGGUACAGUCAGCGUAGCAGCCACCAUCAAAACUCCACCUCAAAUUACGAAUACAUCAACUAUUUUAUCAGCACCGUUAAAGCCUACUACUCUUGCACAGGCAGCAGAAGACCCCGCUUUAGCUCCGCCUAUUUUUGCGGUCCUUGUCGACGUUCUUCAGAAUCACAGGCUGAAAGGAGCGCUACGACCUUUGCGUUCUGUAGUUGCAUUGCAAAUAUCUAAGGGAGGUGCUACGUACCGAAAUGCAGGCGUCGAGAAGUUCAGUCAGUACGUUGCUUUGGCGCAGAAACAAGGUAUCAUUGAACUUGGAGGUAUGGAAGCCGCUGCGUGGAUAUCUUUGCGCCCUGGAUGGGGGAAAGCGAGCUCCCCUUGA